GGCCGCGGGUGCCCAGUUGGCCCGCGACGGCCUGAGGGGUAGGAAGUGUCGUGCUGUCGCUCUCCCACUCGCUGUCUCUCGCGCUCCCGGUGUACUUGUGUUUGUCGUCUUCGAGGCCGGUAUUUCGUGCGGACACUGUGUGACAUGAAGGGACUUGCACGUCGUUCCCAAACACGUCAGUGAGAAGCCAUUUUAAGCGUGACAAAGGGAUCCGGAGCAUCGAGUACUAGAGGGCGAAAACCGUAAUUGAAAGGAAGAUCCAAUCACCUUUUGUGGCGUCGAAUCCCCUCCCUCGGCGUAGUGACGUCAGACUUCCUGUUAUACAACUUCACUCAGCUGUUUCUGAACCCGUCGCCGAGCGCCUCCGCCAUGGACUACACGUCGGGGAUGGCCGGCGUGGGCAGCCUGGACCCAGAAAUGGACAUCUUCACGUCCACCAAACUCAGCGUGGCCACCGAGGACGACGCGACCACCCAGACCGACGAGGAAAUGAACGCCUUCAUGGCCAACUUCACGACGCCCCUGCCCACCUUGGCCCCCGAUGCGUCCAUGGCCUUCGACGGGGCCAACUACCCGAAGACCAUGCUCGGGUUCACGGCGGCGUGCGCGUUCAUCAUCGCUGUGAUCGGAACGUUCGGCAACCUACUGACUAUCAUAGCACUGCCCAUGAGCAAGAAACUACGUACCACAGCCACCGCCUUUGUGGUGAACCUCGCUGUGGUAGAACUCCUCUUCUGCGUGUUCAUCCUACCCAUGUCCGGUGCUCAGUACUUGGUUCUUCAGCACACCGAAGAGUCACUCCUUAGUAACAGAGAUUGUAUAUUCUUCGCUGUUACUCGCUACACACUUACCCAAGUGGAGCUACAGACUAUACUGGCCAUCGCUCUUACCAGAGCUCUAGCUGUGUCGUUACCCCGCCUCUACGCCAUAAUCAACCGGCCUGCUAUCAUGGGAUGCUACAUCACUGGUAUCUGGAUCUACUCUUUCCUGCUCAAGAUGCCGACCGCCUUUGGGCUUCUGGGUCACUACACCUUCAACUCUCACACCAUGGAAUGUGACAUGAGUAACAAGAACAAGAAGUCACGUCUCAUCAUGAUUCUAAUCGAGGCCGUUGUACCUGUUUUUACCAUCAUCAUCUUGUACAUCUUCGUGUUCGUUAUGGUCAUCAGGAGAGCACUGAUGAGGAAAAAAAAGUUCAGCACCGUGUUGCCACCUCCUCCGCAGGUUAAGCUGAGCACCGCCCGUGUCAACCGUGCCUCCAACAGGGGCAAGGUGCCGCCGGCUGCCUCCUCCACCACCUCCGCCUCCUCCACCUCCGGCACGAACCAGCGAAAGGGAUCGAACUCCAGUUUCAGAAGCCUCAAGAAGAUGGUUUCCGAAUCCAAUCUCCGAGCUCGUUUCGUCCGUGCAGCCAGACACUUGAACGGUAGGCGCACCCACCAGUCAUCCACGGUGAGCCAGCGGCUCAGCACCAGCCGCCGAGACAUGCGCGUCGCCCGCACCAUCUUCAUCAUCUUCGUGCUGGUGCUGGUGUGCAGCGUGCCCGUCAUGAUGAUCCACACCCUCGACCGGCAGGUGAAGCACCCCGUGAGGUUCCUCUCCCUGCACAUCCUGUACUGGAUCCAGUACUGCCUCAACUUGGUAGUUUACGUGCUCAUGAACCGCCAGUACCGCGACGCGUACGUGGAGUGCCUGGCGAGGGUGUUCCCGCGCUUCAAGCAGCACCACGGCCGCAGGUUCUUCUGGGAGAAGGCGAGCAUCUCAUCCAAGCCGCCGCAUGCCAAUACCUCCACCCGGCCGCGCCUCGACUCAGCCGGCAAUCUCGGGGACUCCAUUGUCUCGUGCGACGGCGACCCUCCUUCGGCCGCAGGGGGACAGCCCGGGGCCAUCGCUCCCCAGGGAAGGCUCUCGGCCAUUCCGGAGGGCCACAGCAGCUCGGCCGCCAACGACAGCGUCUUCUCGGACCCGCACAAGAAGGAUUCCAAGGACGAGGAAGCCGGCAAGAGGGGAGGCGAGGAGAGCAGUGGCGAGAGCGAGGACGAGGGCGAGGAGCAGCGCGCCCUCGUGGACAGGGAGCACUGGCUCAGCAAGAACGGCUCCACCGCCGACCGCCUGCCUGAGAGCGAGUGCAAAGUGUAACGCGAGUGGCGGACGAUUCCAUUUAUUUACUCAUAAGGAUUUGCAAGUGGAAUUUCGUCUCUUUGGAGACAUGGCAUUGUUGGUAGUGAAUGGUGUACUUUUUUUUUACAAUUUUCAGCUACCAGACAGAAUAAUCAUAAUGGUAUUACUAGUAUAGUUGUCAGCGUUGUGGGCUACUGAUGGUCCUAACGAAAGAGUAUUCACCGCAGUUAUUAUCAUCUCUUAUAAGUAAGAGAAUCUCAGAUUUUUAUGGUUAUUAUUUUCUAUGACAGAGCGUAGUUCCUUGUGCCAAAAUACCUAUAGUCCAGCUGCUUGCCAACAGCUUCUGUAGGAGCCAAAAACACAAAGUAUGCUAGUUUGUGUACCUCAUCGAUGUGUAUGCUCUAUCAAUAUAAUUGGCAAAUCGAGCUGUCUCAGUGUAACUCAUACUGUCAUAACGAGAACCCCACCGCGCCAGUGUGAUUCGUCGCCGCGUCAGUAUAUAAAAUACAGUGUCACUGUAACUCAUUGUAACCAGCAUAAAAGCGGUGCGUACCAUGAAACAAACUGAAGAAACUCAUGAACACCGAAUUUACCCAUAACUGAUGUGUUGUGAAGAGCAAGUGUUGUGGCGUACCAUAAAUUUCCUCUCGGCAUACCUGCAGGCCGCCAAGAAUCGGUUCACGGCCAUGGUGAUGCUUCGCCGUUGUCAUCCCGGUCGCCUAAUCCCACUUCAGCAUUGGCGAUGAGUUCCCUGGUCGAUAACACUGCUUGCGAAUCGCUUGGUUGUUCGCCAAAAAUAAUUGUUCACCUCGUCGUGUAACAUCAGUGAGUUUAAGAGAUGAUAUUGCGGUAAUUAAUCUUGGGUAUAUCUCUUUAAUGGCAUUUGGAAGUACUUAACAUCCGUAGGGGAAUGUGUGUGUGCAAUACAAGUGUAAUUCCUUUUCUUCACUUACAAUACAAUGAAUUCAGUGCCAUGAAGUGAAGGUACUAAAACUGAUUUGUACCUGGAAUUAUCUUAAGAAAUGAAGCGGAAGCAUUGCCUUGUGUUGGGGAAUCUCCGCUCUAAAUUACCUGUUAGGGCAUAUAUUUUCUAAAACGUUGAAUCAUUAAAUUACGUAUUAGGGCAUAUAUUUUUUUUCUAAAUUUUGAAUAAUCAAAUUACGUCUUAGGGCAUACAUUGUUUUAUUUGAUUCAUUGUUGUUUUCAGAAGACAUUAUCUUCCCAAGCUUCCCUAUUUUUAUACUGGAAAGAAACACUUUGUGAACAUUUAUGAAUGUAUGUUUUAAAACAGCGUUAAAAACGUUUCUGUUCCAUGUCUUAUGAUGCUUUUAAGUCCCAAGGUUAGUGUACAGAGCUCAUGCGGUGUGUUAAUUAGGUCUAAGAUACUCCCCGCGGAUGUACAGAGACACAUAUUUAUUUUUUUGAUUAAAGAAUAAGGCAAA